AUGGGUAACUGCAUGAGUUCAAGAGGAGGUGACGAUGAAGGCCAAAAGAAGAAGAGUCAGGCCAUUGAUCGCGGACUCGAGGAAGACUCGAAGAAGCUACGGCGCGAGUGCAAGAUCCUGCUGCUCGGUUCCGGUGAGAGCGGCAAGUCGACCAUUGUAAAGCAGAUGAAGAUCAUCCACCAGAAUGGCUACAGUGUCGACGAAUUGCGCCUGUACAGGCAUACCAUCUACAAGAACGUCAUCGACUGCGCAAAAGCACUAAUCGGCGCCAUGCAACAAUUCGACAUCUCUCCAGAGGUCUCCGAGAAUGUCCAACACUGCGAAUUCAUCAUGCAGUUCACCGUGGAUCCCGAUCCGAACGCUCACCUCGACGCGAGAUGCGCUACAGCCAUCACUUCGAUUUGGAAAGAUCCGUGUAUACCUAGAGUCCUCGACCACUCGAGCGAGUUCUACAUGAUGGAUUCAGCAUCAUAUUUCUUCGAUGAAGUCCACCGAAUAACCCAAGAUGAUUAUUGUCCGACAGAGGCAGAUGUUUUAAGAGCGAGAACAAAGACUACGGGUAUCUACGAGACGAGAUUCCAGAUGGGGCAACUCAGCAUACACAUGUUCGAUGUUGGUGGACAGCGAAGUGAGCGUAAGAAAUGGAUUCAUUGUUUCGAGAAUGUCACGUCCAUCAUCUUCUGCGUUGCUCUCAGCGAAUACGAUCAGGUGCUUUUAGAAGCCAGUGAUCAGAAUCGCAUGAUGGAAAGUUUGGUCCUCUUCGACUCUGUCGUCAACUCGCGAUGGUUCAUGAGAACAAGUAUCAUCCUCUUCCUCAACAAGGUCGAUUUGUUCAGGCAGAAGCUGGGCAAGUCACCACUCUCAAACUACUUCCCCGACUACUCGGGCGGCAACGACGUGAAUCGUGCCGCAAAGUAUCUGCUCUGGCGAUUCAACCAGGUCAACAGGGCCCAUCUCAACCUAUACCCUCACCUCACCCAAGCGACUGAUACAUCAAACAUUCGUCUAGUCUUCGCCGCAGUGAAAGAGACGAUUUUGCAGAACGCGUUGAAGGAUUCAGGAAUCCUCUAA